GAUAGAAUUCUGGAUGUAUUGAAUAAGUUUCUUGAGGAUUCGUUGCAUACACCUUCUUCCGAAAAUAAUGUCAUUAAUCAGUUAUAUUACGAAGUUUUAAAAUGGGCAUGUAUUCUCGAUAGCAUGAAGUGCAAAGAUAUUGUAAUGGCUGAAUUAACGUGGCAUAUACACAGUCCUGCACGAAACAGACUUUUGCCAAGUUGGCAAAGAUGGAUAUUUUGCCAGAGUUUAAUGCUAGAAAAUUCUAUGUAUGAAAACUCUUCUACAUGGUAUACAUUAAAAACCAUGUACAAACCACAGUCAAAAGAUGAAGAAAUGUUUAAGUUCUUACCUUGUUCUAGACAUCGCAGAAAUAUUUUCUUAUUUUUUUAUUCUUUUUUUACUAAUGUUUUGCCAUCUUAUGAAGCUACUGUAAAUUUAAAACUAAGUGAUAGAGUAUCUUUUCUUUUUAAUAUUCUUGCAAAGCAUUCAAAAACUGUUCCAUCGCUGACGCCUAUACUAGAAGGAAUACAUUACAUAGAAAGCGACAAUAACAUACAUGCAAUAAUGAACUGUAUUAUUAACAACAUAUAUUCAGACGAAGGCCUGUCGAUGGUUACCGAUGGAAAGUUCUUACAAAUGCUGAAAGACAGACAUCGUGCGCCAUCUUCUGUUAUUUUCGCCGUAAAAUACAAAGUUGAUGAUCGUCGUGCUUUAUUAGUUAAAAUAAAAAAUAACUUCUUUACAAGCCGUAAUAUGCAUUUAUUUACAGAGAUUUAAUGUUAGAUUUAUAUACUCGUUUUAUUUAUUUUAAAGGAACAAAUGCUACCAAUUACCUGUAUUUCUCACUAGUUUUGUAAAUUGUGUUUAAUAAGAAAAGUUUUCUUUUAUGACAACAAAAAAUAUUUAUUACUCAUAUUUAAAAUCGGUACUACAGGUUACGGAUUUUAAUAUAGUUAAUAAUUCGCGCCAGUUGUCCACAAAAGAAAAUUAGAUCUGUAUUAAAAGUAAAUAAUUUANAAUAGUUUAUUUGAUUAAAGUAUUGUUGUACAGUUAAGUAUUUAUUAAGCAUCUUGCACAAAAAAUAAGUUUAUAUAUUAAGUACAUAGUAAAACAUUACAACAUAUAUACAUAUAUACAUAAGAUUA